CUAAGACGAGAGGUCAUGACAUACAUCCGUUCCUACCCAACCUUGAUCCCAUCCAUCUCAAUCUUACUCUACAUAAACCUUUAGCAGAUCGUCCCUGUGACAUUUAAUUUUCGGUAUGAAUCCGUUUGAAACCACCAUGACGACCACUCGGCCAGCAUCAAAGGCCGGCUCAUGGUACGAGGAGGAUCAAAAGCUGUUGCGUCGUGAGCUCCAGAACUAUCUAGCGGCAGUUCCGGAGAGCUUUGAUGGAGUUGCACUGCCCAUUCCCGGAGCCCGUGUUAUCGUCGCCCCCCAUGCGGGAUAUAAAUUCUCUGGGCCGUGUGCAGCUUGGGCUUAUAAGACUCUCGACUUGAGCCGUGCCAAACGUGUCAUUGUCCUUGGCCCAUCUCACACUUACUACCUCGAGGGAUGUGCAGCAACCACUUUUGAGAAAUAUGCGACACCCUUUGGUGAUCUGGAGAUAGACACAGAACUGGCCACAGAGCUCGAGGAUGCAGUAGCAAUGGAGCCUAUGUCCAGAAGGGGGGAGGUUAACGAACACUCUCUUGAGAUGCAUAUGCCGUACCUUUACCUCCGCUGCCAGGAAACAUUUGACUCGCCUGAUAAGUUCCCCAAGAUUGUGCCCGUGCUCGUGGGAAGCAAUAACAGGCAAGAGGAGAAGGUCAUAGGGCGAGCCCUAUUGCCCUACCUCAGAGAUCCUGAGAACGCCUUCAUCAUCAGCUCCGAUUUCUGUCACUGGGGCGAUAAUUUCAGCUACCUACCUUACUCAUCGACGAAGAGCCCUUUUGAUCUGACACAGUUGCGAAAAGAAAGCCCCAAACCCAACGGUCCACCUAUCCAUGAGACGAUUAGAGUCAUCGACGAAGCGGCCAUGGACGCCGUCAAGAGUGGCAGCCAUGAUGCAUUCCUUGACAGUCUUAAGCAAACACGAAAUACUGUCUGUGGACGCCAUCCCAUUGGCGUCGCGAUGGCAGCUCUGGAGUUCAUCCGACAAGAGGAUGCGUUUCAAGAUAAGGGGCGAUUUAGUAUUAUUAAAUAUGAUCGCAGUAACUUGGUCGAAUACCCGAAUGACAUGAGUGUCAGUUACGUGUCUGGGUAUGCUAUUCUCUGAGCAUGGGCAUCGAAUAUGUGGGCGUUCUGUUAUAGUGGGAAUACAGUAUUCGAUUGAGUCAGAGUCGUAGUGUUCGUGGACUUCUUGAACGAUGAUGGAGUUGUAUUGGUUUGGUAUGGGACGAUGAUAGAAGUAAGAAAGAGAGUCAAUCCCUUCAGGUAUCUCAAUAGCACCAUACCAAGUUGUUAGUGACAGUCAAUUCCGCAUCUAUUACGAGAAAUACAAAUCACGGUUUGUCAAAUCAGAGUUCUCGGAAUAAACCUAGGG